UGCCAUCACCUGCCCGCCGGGUGGGUGAGCCGCGAGGAGAAGAGCGCACAGCCCUGAAGGGGCAGAGUCCAGGCAGCAGGGCGAGGAAAGAGCAGCAGCAGCAGGUGGCGGCGGCGGUUCUGCAGCUCGCCCCCCCCCGCCCUUUCUGUGGCUGCGUCCAGGCGCGCGGGAAAAUGCCUCUGGGGCUGAGGGGCAAGAAGAAAGGCAAGUCCAGGGAGACGUCCACGCUGGUGGAGGGCGAAGCCCCCCUGGCGCGGGGCAGGGGCGACGAGGGCGACGACGACGACGGCAGCGGCAGCGCCGUCGGCGGGGCUGGCGUCGGAGGAGGCUCCGCCGCCGCCUCCUCCUCCUCGGCACGCCAGGGCCCCAUCCGGCUGGUGUUCCACACGCAGCUGGCGCACGGCAGCCCCACGGGGCGCGUGGAGGGCUUCGCCAGCGUCAGGGAGCUUUACGCCAAGAUAGGCGAUGCGUUCCACAUCGCCCCCAGCGAGAUUAUGUUUUGUACUUUGAACACGCACAAAAUUGAUAUGGACAAGCUCUUAGGAGUGCAGAUUGGUCUCGAAGACUUUAUAUUUGCUCAUGUAAAAGGAGUCAAAAAGGAAGUGGAGGUUUUCAAAUCAGAGGAGUCACUUGGGCUUACCAUUACUGACAAUGGAAAUGGAUGCGCCUUCAUAAAGAGAAUUAAAGCAGGCAGUCUUAUUGACCAAAUAAAACUGGUAUGUGUUGGUGAUCACAUAGAAUCUAUAAAUGGAAAAAGCGUAGUGGGCUAUCGCCAUUAUGAAGUUGCUAAGAAUUUAAAGGACUUGGAGAAGGGUCAGACAUUUACGCUAAAAUUGGUAGAGCCUAUGAAAUCAUUUGAAAUGAUUGAACCACGGUCGAAAGGUGGAGGUUUUGCAGAGGGAAAAAUCUCCCGAGGGAGAGAGACUCUUCGACUGAGAUCCAAAGGCCCUGCAACAGUGGAAGAAAUGCCUUCAGAUGUUGAAGAAAAAGCUACAAAGAAGGUAGAUGAUCUUCUUGAAAUGUACAUGGGAAUAAGAGACCUCGAACUAGCUGCAACGAUGGUAGAAGCUGGGAAAGGCAAGAACAACCCAGAUGAGUUUGCCAUUGCCCUCGAUGAAGCUUUAGGAGACUUUGCAUUUCCAGACGAGUUUGUCUUUGAUGUGUGGGGAGCAAUCGGUGAUGCAAUGCAAGGACGACUUUAAUGAGCACCAGAAAACUUUGCCGGAGCACAGCAUCAGCUUUUCUGCGGGUGUAAAGCAUAUAGCUAUAGACAUGGCAUGGAAUACGGAAAGCACCUGAAUGUUCAGAAAUCUGGAUGAAGUAAGCUGUUACUGGAUGCCGAUACAAAUUCCUUUAAAAUAAAGCUGAGUUCAAGACUGCACUCAUGAAGCUUCAGGCUCAUAUAAGCACUUAAUCUGAAAUACUUUGCAAAGCUGUUUUAUCUGCAUAUUUACUUAUAUAAAUGAAUAUGGCUAGUGGUUAAAGAAGAGGGCAGGUUGACUAUCCAAUGAAAAUGGAGUAUGUCCAAUGAAAAUGGAGUAUGUCGGAAGGCAUGGUGCCAGUACCUGGUGAACCUGAGCAAAAUUUCAUUGGGUAUAUACUGUAUACCUUAUCCAUUAUUUUUCCCCAAUUACUCCAGUGGGUACAAUGCUGCAUUUCCUGCAUUUCCUUCCCCGAAACAGUACUUUGAGACUGUGAGGGUAGAGGAAAGAGGAGAGGCCAUCAUUGGUGGAGUGUAUGUUUUGCACCUCGUAAGCCAUUGGGACUUAAUUGGGAUUUUGGGAAAGCUGGGAAUGUCUACGGUAAGACAUGGACAACUGCUACCGCUACUGAGAUAUAUGGACUAUUAGUCUGACUCAGGAUAAGACAACUUCAUAUUUAUGAUACUGUACUGUAUAAGCAGGCAGAUCAAUUCUUUCACCAUGUUUUGUGGUGGUGUUAUUAUGGAUAUGAGUCUCAGAACUUUGGCACUUUCACAAAUGAUUUUUAAAGCAGUUUUGGCAUUUCCCGCUUCUGUAAAUCAAAUGGGAGAAACAACAGCUAUGGAUACAAUGUACUUCUCGUUUUACAAUGCCUUCUAGAUUCUCUUUCUGUAUCAAUGCCAUUCAAAGUGACACAUCCCAAAUUAAAGUUCAGUUUUAGUGUCACUUAGGGCAAUGAAAUCUUUUUUCCAUUUGUUAGUGCUGUGGAUGAGUGGGCUCAAUCGAAUGUAUGAGUACAAAAUGCUCUGGGAACAGUGUGGGGGGAAACCCCUUAAUUUUGAAUUUUUUUUGUUCUUGCAUGUUAGAAAAGUAAAGAAAACCUUAUGCUUUUGGGAAGCUUCACAAAUGUUUUGAGGCUUUACUAGUGAAGGGUAUCAAAGUGAAAUAUCUAAUCCAGGUAUGGUAUGUUCUACCAUAGAGUUCCACAAAACAACCUAUUUUAUGCUAUGCCCAUUUAUUUUGGACAAGUUGGAUACAGGGGAGGUUUCUAGGAAAUGUGUGGGACUGCUCUGUAGGUGAUUUUGAUUAUUCGAGAUACACUGUUGCAUGGAAGAUACAUUGAUUGCUUUAAAAAAGCAGAAGUAAUUUGUAACUAUUUAUUCAUGUGAUGAUGUUGCAAUAAUGGUGUAAAUAUCCUUAAGCUUAACCUUUGAUUUUUUUAAUAUACAGUCUUACCUCGGGUUACAGCCGCUUCAGUUUGCGUCUUUUCAGAUUGUGCUCAACGCUGAACCCGGAAGUACCAGAACGGGCUACUUCCAGGUUUCGGUGCAUGCGCAGGUGCAGAAGCGCUAAAUCGCUCUUUGCGCAUGCGCAGAAGCACCGAAUCGCAACCUGCGCGUGCACAGAUGCGGGUUGCGAACGCUGUGGGUUGCGAACGUGGCUCCUGCACAGAUCAUGUUCGCAACCCAAGCAACCACUGUAUGUGUGUGUGUGUGUGUGUGUGUGUGUGUGUGUGUCUGUGUGUAUGUGUAGUUUUUGUAAAUCUUGGAAUAUUGAGGAAUUGCUAAUGUGCCAAUGAUUGAAAAAGAAAGAAGACGAGAGAAAUGAGAGUAAUGAUACAAUAUGCUGAGCUUUAAUUAGAACGCAUCUCUUUGAGACCACAGAAACCUUUGAGCUGCACACAUUUCUUAUUAGGCAGAAUGAAAUAUUGCUAAUCCUGAGCUUUCUAUAGAGAAAAGGCUGUUUACUAAUAAAGGAUGUUUAGUCACAUAAGAAAUGAAUCUUGCAAAUAGAACUUUGCUACUAGUGAACAGGCUUCUUGGAAUGAUGGAAAGAGAUUGGGAAUAGAAAACCUCUUUUCCCCCACCUCUUGAAGCUGUUAAAGUGGUUGUCUUGUGCCAGAAGCUUAUCCUGUCUUUUACACCACAGAAAUGAAACAGAAAUGCAAAGCCAGUAAACUGAGACUCUGGGUGCUUCCAGAUGGGGGGCUUAAUAUUGCAAAUGGGUGUUCAGCAGCAGGUUUUAAAAAAUAAUUAUUAUUGGAUUUCCUGCAAAUGGAUGAAUCCAAAUUAACAGAAAAAAGGACUGGCAUUUGAUGCUGACAAAGUUGUAUGGACACUAAAACAAACAAACAAAC